AUGACGCGCGGGGAGCGGAGGGAGGUGCGGGCCCGGCUGCCCGGGGGGGGGGUCGGCCCGCUCCCGCCUCCCGCCCUGCGCCAGGCCGCGGCUCGGCGGGGCAGGCCUAGGCCGCGGGUUGCCAGGCAACGCCUGCGGCGCGUCACUUCCGCCGCCAUGGCCGCCGCCGUGUCGGUGUUCCCGUCGCCGCGGGAGCUGGGCCCGGCGCUGGCGGGGCUGGUGGCCGAGCGGGCGGCGGCGGCCGGGCCCCGGUUCGCGCUGGGGCUGUCCGGGGGGAGCCUGGUGGGGCUGCUGGCCCGGGACCUGCCCCCCGCCGCCGCCGCCGCCGGCCCGGCCCGGUGGCUCCUCGCCGUUUGUGACGAGCGGUUGGUGCCGCGGGAGCACCCGGACAGCACCGCCGGGGCCUACGAGGCCCAGCUGCUGCCGCGGCUGCUCGCCCCGGGGCCGCUCCUGCUCGCCCCCCGCCCGGGGCUGCCGCCCGCCGCCGCCGCCGAGGAGUACGCCGCGCAGCUGCGCCAGGCGCUGCCGGGCCCGGCCGUGCCCGAGUUCGAUUUGCUGCUGCUGGGGGUGGGCCCGGACGGACACACGUGUUCACUCUUCCCCGGCCACGCCCUGCUCCAGGAGAAGGAGAAGAUAGUCGCCGCCAUCACGGACUCGCCGAAGCCGCCGGCGGAGCGGGUGACGCUGACCCUGCCCGUGCUGAACGCCGCGCGGACGGUCGUCUUCGUGGCUACGGGGGAGAACAAAGCCACCGUUUUAAAGCGAAUUUUGGAAGGCGACGAGGAGGAUCCGCUCCCCGCGGCGCGCGUGCGGCCGCGCUCGGGGCGGCUGCGCUGGCUCCUGGACGAGGCGGCGGCCAAGGAGCUGACGGGGCCGGUGGAGAGACACCCCGGCGGGGCGGCGGGACGCGGCCGCUGAGGCCCUGCCGUGCGGAGCGUGCCGGGAUUCUGGGGGUUUAUCCCCCCUUUUUUUUUUUUUUUUUUUUUUGUGUUUCCAUCUCUCUGGACCAAACGCUGCUUUGCCGAACGUGGAUUUCCCCCGCGGUUCGUUCCGGUCGCUGCGUUAUUAAAUACAUUUUCAGGUUU